UCAAACCAGAUUCAGAUUCAUAACAUUUUCUCUCCAGUCUUCAGUUCAUAAUUGUUCGCAAUACUGGUUUAAUAUACCCUAUUUUGUAAAAUAUUUGUAGGAAUGAGUAAUAUCGUAAUAUCAUCUUAAUCGCGUAACUGUCAUAUGAAUUGAAUGAGAGAGAGAGAAAGAGAGAUAGCCUUUAUUCUUUCCAUAAACUUCGGGUGUUAAAAACGUGUUAUUAUAAAUACAAUAUAGUUUAUUUGUGACGGCUUACACUGGGUGUGACUUGUCACUUUAUUUAAUUCAUCGAGAAAGAGGGACGCAUUUUUUAGGGCAGAUUUUAUUUUUGAGGUUAAGUCUUUAUUACUUCACAACGGGGGCCGAACAAUCAGCUAUGUCCGUUUCUCAAAUGGAAAAAAAUUUAUUUAAUUUGAAGUUUGCUGUAAAGGAAUUAGAAAGAAACUCGAAAAAAUGCGAGAAAGAAGAAAAAAUAGAGAAAACAAAAGUCAAGAAAGCAAUACAGAAAGGUAAUAUGGAAGGUGCUCGUAUCCACGCGGAGAAUGCAAUUCGACAAAAAAACCAGGCCUUAAAUUAUCUUAGGAUGAGUGCUAGAGUGGAUGCAGUGGCUAGUAGAGUACAGACUGCAUUGACAACUCGCAAAGUCACUCAGUCUAUGGCUGGUGUUGUUAAGGCAAUGGAUGCGGCAAUGAAGUCAAUGAACUUGGAAAAAAUCUCUGGACUCAUGGAUAAGUUUGAAAGUCAAUUUGAAGAUUUGGAUGUACAAAGUUCAUAUAUGGAAAAUGCUAUGUCGCAAACUACAACUACUAAUGUACCUCAGAAUGAUGUGGAUGCUUUAAUGCAGCAAGUUGCAGAUGAAGCUGGUCUGGAACUGAAUAUGGAAUUGCCCUCUGGUCAACUGGGUAGUAUUGGUACUUCGACAGCGGUGAGCCAAGAACAAGACGAGCUAACACAGAGACUGGCACGACUCAGAGAGUGAUAGCAAAAUAUUUUACUGUAUAUACAUGAUUAAUAUAUAUGAUGAAAAUGUUUUAUAAGUUAUAUAAUAUGUUCCCAAUAUAUAUAUAAUAAUAAUGUGCAUUAUAAUGUUA